AUGUUGUGUGUCGACGACGACGACCACGACGACGAUGAUGAUGAUGAUGAUGUUGUUGUUGUUGAUGGUGAUUAUGAUGAUGAUGAUGAUGAUGAUGAUAACGACGACGACGACGAUGAUGAUGAUGAUGAUGGUGGUGGUGGUGGUGGUGGUGGUGGUGGUGGUGGUGGUGGUGGUGGUGGUGAUGAUGAUGAUAUGGUGGUGGCGGUGGUGGUGUGA